CAGCUCCUGUCGCAGUAAAAUGGUCACGAGCCGGCGCGACGAAGCAUCAGAGGGGGCGGGGGGGGGGCGGGGGGGGGUGUGUGGGCUAGCUGUAUGUCAACUUCGAGGACCUUGACUGACCUGGCGCGCCAGCGGCUCCAUGAACGGAUUCCUGUCUUUGUAUCUACCAACUUAUCCAAACCAAGACCGAACCGGCAGGUGCCUUUGCCGACCUUGUCCUGUAUCUUAUUAUGUGUCGUAAUUUUCGUUAUGCAUACGGAGGCGGAUAGCGCUACCGACCUCGGCGUCCGUCGGGCGCCGACCAGCAGCGGACCCUAGUGAGAACAUAUGUCUGCUUUUAAAAGACCUGAUCCAUGAAACCAGCCUCCAGCAUGAUUAUUAGA